UGUCAGAUCACUUACACAUGGCGACCACCUUAACCCAGCAAGCGUUCGUUGCAGGCAUGGAAAGUAAAGACAGCGUGGCCGUCGAGAAGGUGGAUCUGAUACUUUGCCGAAAGAAGAAGUUCUUCAAGUUCCCGGACUUUGGUUUCUCGGUGCGGUGUGUCAAGGGAGAGGAAGCUAGUUUCACCUACGUGGACGCGGUGACCAAGGGAUCGACUGCCGACAUGUUCAAGGUGCUGCCGCUGGACUUCAUCCUGCAGGUUAAUGGCGUUGCGGUGAAGAACGCGCCGCUGCCGCAGGUCAAGAAGAUCAUUGGUGAUGCCGGCGAAAAGAUGACGCUGUCAGUGAUGUCUUCGAGUCCGUACCGGCUGCUUACCAGCCGUCGAGACAUACUGGGCAUCAUGCGCAGUGCAGCUAGAGAAUCGGCCGUCGUUAAGACCACCGCGCUCGGCUGCGUCGGCAGUACGGCCUAUGGCAUCGGCAUCCUCGACGUUGACGUUGCAGACGACAAACUGAAGCAGACGGCUAAGUGCUUCGUGUUACUGUACGCCGACGUGGUCAGUUCCAACAACAAGAUGGUCUUUCCGGGUGAUGUGCUGUUUGAAAUCGACGGCACGUCAGUGGUCGGCAUGUCGCGGCCGCAGGUUGAGCAGCUCCUGAGCGCCGGCAAGCCUGAAGUCAUGCUCUCGGUGGUUCCGCUGUCGCCUGCGCGCAAGACGCCGUUCCUGACCUCCAAGUUGGUCGAGACAGGCAUGACCGACUCCAAAGUUCCGUCAAAGUCGACGGCUGCUCAUAUAAGCUGAUUGCUCCACUGUGUAGCCUGCCCUGCGACAACUGCGUUCUCGUGUCUGAAGGACGCCUGCACUAUUAUGCUGGGCGGAAAGCGUAUAUGCAGAAUACUUGUUUUACAUCUUUGGAACUGAUAGCACAGAAGCUUCCGUUCACAACGCAUUUAUUCUUUUGGCAAUAUCUCGCCAUAGUACCUUUUUGUGUUAUAUUAGUGUAUGUUUAGAAUGUCUUCGGUAAUUAACGUUUCACUUGAGCAAAUUCAAUGUCCAUUCAAUGAAAUAUAUUUAGAUAGUUGGCGACAUUCCGAAUUUAGAACGUGCUUAGAUAUUGUGCUGCAGUCCUGCAUGCCAAAAUUUUUUUCUUCUUGCUUAGCGUUAUUUAAAAAAAAGUUUAGUAUCUGUGCGAACUCGGAGCUGGCGGUCGCGCAAGAGCGUUAUUCUGCGGGAUCAAGUGCUUGAUAUACGUGGCCAAAGCAACUAGGCUCUUCAAUGAGCAUUGCGAAAGUGCGAAACUGACCGGAUUUCGAAGCCUGGCAAUGAUCUUCGUCUUUCCUUUUUUCGUUCGUUGUGUGUGUCGUCGAGUG